CCGCCGAAAUUAUAGUUAGUGACCCCAACGGGUGUUCCGAAAUACACCACAGAGUACCGUAGCACGCCCAGAAUAGAAGCAUCACCGAAGACUCCUCACGGAUAUCGUUCUAUCAUCCUUCUGGAAUAUUGUUCACGAGUUAUCUCGAGACAUCCCAAGAGGAUCUUUCAAGGAAUCUCAAUGAUCCUGCCAAACCGAAUCCUAUCCUCUCGGAUAAUAUCCUCAUGAUACCAACGUGUCUAACUAUUCGUCCAAUGACAUCACGAAUAUUAAUUAAAACUUGUCAAAAUCAUAAACAAAGAUUCGCAGGGAUAUCGAAUAAUCGUGUCACGCUCUGCGUUUUUCUCUAGAAGAGGCAACAAGCAACGAGCUUGAUCUUCGUUAAUUCGUACCUAGAUUGUGUAUCCGGAAUCAUUCGUAAAACUUUGACCACAAAAUGGGAGAGAAAAAGAUGAAGAAGUUGAUACCGUCGAAUGAGAAAUUAAAAGGGAUAAUGUAUUAAGAGAAGAUUUCUGCUUAUUCGUUAUAAGAACGAUAACGAUAAUGUUAAAUGACUGAACUGGCCGAUAAGAAAAUAUUCGUUAAGAAAUAUCAUUGGUGUUAUCAGAUGAAGAAAGGAUUAAGAUUCUAAAGAUCAUCUUUUGGAAACUGGGUUGUUCGGUGGUUCGAACCGAAUGGAAGGAUGUUUCAUCCGGCGUUCUGACUGCCUAUGGAUAUAUUCGACCGUUGCAACGGCGGCGGCGGCGGAAGCACGGUAACCGGAAGCGGCGGCGGUGCUUCGGUGAGGACAUCGAGCAACGAGUCUGGCAGUGGAACGUCUAGCGGUGGAAGUGAGAGCGGCGGAGGAUCGUCUAGCAGGAUGCAGUUGACAGGAGCUUCGGCUCCUGGGGCGGCUGCCUCACCGGAGUCCGGCGUCUCGCCAUUGACGGACGCUUAUACGAAAAUGACUAGCGAUAUACUUGCCGAGAGAACGCUUGGUGAUUUUGUUAGCGAGCAUCCUGGCGAACUUGUCAGGACAGGCUCACCGCAUUUGGUUUGUACCGUUUUACCAGCCCAUUGGAGAUCCAACAAGACGUUACCAGUAGCGUUUAAGGUAGUAGCUCUCGGUGAAGUCGGCGACGGUACAUUAGUGACGGUUCGAGCUGGUAACGAUGAGAAUUGUUGUGCUGAGUUAAGAAACUCGACGGCGUUGAUGAAGAAUCAGGUGGCGAAGUUCAACGAUCUGAGGUUCGUCGGUAGAAGUGGCAGAGGAAAAAGUUUCACCUUGACGAUAACAGUUUCAACAACGCCACCUCAAGUGGCUACUUAUACGAAGGCUAUCAAAGUGACCGUAGACGGCCCACGUGAGCCGCGAUCCAAGACCAUGCUGUCUCUUUUAGGGCAGCAGCAACAGUUUCACGCAUUCGCCUUUGCCUCGCAACGUGGUGCACCAUUUUUCGCAUCCCCACUGGUGGAUCCUCUACAGUCUCUACCGAAUCCUCUACAGCCGUUGCCGAAUCCGUUACAACCACGGGAUCCUCUGUCGUCUUUCAGGCACGCGAUGCCUGGUAAUUGUCAGAACAUGUCUCAAUUCGGUUUGACGGCGAGCAACUCCUGGGGAUACGGAAGUACAGCAGGAUAUGCUGGGUACCUUCCUGGUCCUCUUUCGUCUUGCGCGGCACAAGCGUCUUUUCCACCCCCGCCACCUCCUCCCCCUCCACCACCACCACCAUCGUCUUCUUUGGCGUCCUUCGCUGGUACCGCUGCUAUGACCACGCCGACAGCUCCCGAUUCGACUGCGGGAUCGGCCGUCACUUCCGGUACCACCGGUACUACGCCUCAGCAGGACGCUUUCACCGGGGUUUCCUCGCUAGUACCGGACACGACAACGCCAGGUCAAUCCGAUCCAUUGGAUCCAUUGAGCACACUCAUGUCCGGCACAACGAGUCAAAGAUAUCAAGACUACGUUUCUCCAAGGUCCUUGUCAACGGACUCAAGCACCACGGAGAGUCCUGUUCACGAGGAACAAGGAUUCGGCCAGAACUACGGGAACUACUUUCCAACGCCAGGCGUAUUACCGAGUAUACUGUACUCUCAGCUCUAUGGGAAUCAAUUCCAGAACUCGGAGAGUCCUGAACAGAGAGCAGUCACCGAGAGUUGUAGCGUUAGACAGGAAGAGGUUAGACCGGAUAAUAAUGUCUGGAGACCUUAUUGAGAGAGAAACGAGGCGUCGGGUCGUCAUUCCCGAUCGUCAUUGAGCGUUCAGACAUUUUAAACAGACUGUGAUAGGUAUUCAAUUUUGGAUUAAACAACGAGAGUCGUUAUCGACGAAGCCGGCUGUUAUUGUUUUUGAACAGAAGCCGAUGAAACAACGAGUCUCUAUUCAGGGCCGACACGUGAAUGUUAUUAUACGUCUCCUCUUCUUCAUCGGGCCACAAAUUCAUUUUUAUUUCUUCGUUUCUCUUAAUUUUUUUUUUUUCUUUUUUUUAAACCUAACUUUACUUUUCUUCCUUCCGUGGAGAUCUUCUCGAAUCGUCGAGAUCAUCGGAUCUUCGAAAGUACGAAAGAAAAAUAAUAAAAAAAAAAAAAAAAA